AUGGACGGAGCCCGGCCUGUUGAUCUUGUCACGGUGUUGCAGAACCUCCACACGCAGGUAGCUACGCUCCAGGGGCAGGUUCAAGCUCUUCGAGUGGCCCCUGCUGCAGCCCCGGCCCAACGUGCUCCCCUCAUCCCAUCGCCAGAGAGGUCCAGGGGGGAGCGUGGGGCCCUUCGAGGCUUUGUAAGCGAGUGUCGGCUGAUGUUCGCCACCUGUGCAGCAGACUUUCCCACCCCACGGAGCCAGGUGUGCUUUAUGGUCAGCCUCCUUGUUGUGGGCCCGGCACUUUCUUGGGUCACUCUAAACCUUGAGGCCGAUCACCCUCUGCUGGGGAAUUUGGACAACUUCAUUGCCGCCCUAGAGGGCAUGUUUGGGGAGCCGAAUCGCGCCCAGGCAGCUGAGAUGGCACUGCAGAACCUCCAGCAGGGGGCUCGCCCGGUUACCGAGUACACCUCAGAGUUCCGUCGGGGGGCUGCGAACACCCUGUGGAAUGAAGCCGCCUGCCGGUUCCACUUCCAUCAGGGACUUCAUCCCCGCAUUAAGGAUGAACUGCUGCGGGUGCCCCCCCCCCCCAGCCCUGACGGACUUUAUCACGUGUGUUAA